AUGUCUGAUUACACCAUGAACAACUUGACCGAGACAGAAAGUCUCACUUUCAUGGAAGAUGACGCUUUGACAACAAAUGACAUUUACAUGACCAUUGUCUUUGUCAAUGUCAUCAUCUCCGCCGUCAUCGGGCUCACAGGAGUUGUCCUCAACCUCAUCAACAUCACAGUCUUCAUCAAAAUGGGCUUCGGGGAGUUCACUAAUGUCUCACUGAUCAGCUUGGCAGUGGCGGAUUUCUGGGCACUGCUGUUUCUCUCCGGCAUCGUAAUCCUAUACAACCCCCUCAUGCUUCAAGUUGCCGACAUUGGGAUGAUUGACACCAUCUGCUACUUAGCGGUGGCCACCCCUCACGUCUGCUUUCUGGAGAUUUCCGGAUGUUGUAAUUGCCUCUUGGUUCUGGAGCGAUUACUUUGCAUCGCACUGCCACACCGUAUCAAAUCACUAGUUACCCCGAGACGAGCUCUCUUGGUCAAUAUCUCUAUCUAUAUCUAUAUCAUAUCUAUUAAAAUUCUUGUGCAUAUUGGAUACGCAGUAUCGAAUACAGAGUUUCAGUCUGAAGGCAAUACCACUAUCGUUUCAGAUCCGCAAGCAAUAGGCAAAACAAUGGACAGUAUUUCUAACGUACUCGAUACCUUUACCCAACUCACCACAUUUCCACUCAUGGUGGGCCUGACAGGGGCAACAAUUCGCGUCUUCCAGAAAUCAUCCGAAUGGAGGCGCACGGUUACUUCCCCUACUCAAAGCAACGCUAUGUCCAAAAAAGAAAGAAAACUGGCCAAGAUGGUUCUCAUCAUAUCCUCCGUGUACCUCGCUUGUAUUUUCCCGUCUUUCUUGACCGCGCUCAUCAUCUUGGUGUUUGAUAAUUUGAGCAUGACCUCCAGAGAAGUUUUCUUUGUGACUUUCACAUUUCUGUUCAACAUUGACGCCAUUAACUCGACCUUGCCCUUCCUCAUCUAUUUAAACAUGAGCAGCAAAUUUAAGCUUUCUUUCAAGUCUCUUUUUACUUCUUCAUUCGAAGGAAUAGCUUCCAAAAGUGCAUUUCGGCCCUAUCGAAAAGAAUGA